AUGCCGAUUCUCAACGUCCCUGGUGCAAAAUUGCAUUAUGAGACAUUUGGCAAGGGUCCCUUGCUACUUUUGAUUCCGGGCGCUGGCGGGAAUGGUGAAACGUUCCGUCUGAUCGCAAACAACCUUUCUUCCUCGUAUAAAGUUGUUCUUUGGGAUCGGAGAGGGUAUUCCAGAAGUACCCUUGAAGGGCCCCAAGAUUUCACCCGCCGCCUGUCCACGGAUGCCAGUGACUCACAGAGACUCAUUGAGUACUUGUCCCCAGAUAAAUCAGCUUUUGUGUUUGGGACAUCAUCGGGAGCCAUUGUUGGCCUGGCUCUUUUGUCCAGAUUCCCGGAAAAUGUCCUGCGCCUCGUGGCGCACGAACCUCCUUGUACAGAUGUUCUGCCCGCAGAGCACAAGGAAAAUGCCUCUGGAUUUAUCAAUGAAAUUUACAAUCUGUAUCGAAAUCAAGGUCCGAACGAAGCUCUGCAAAUGUUCUUAUCGAAUUUCUCUGUUCCGAGCGAGAGGGAUGACAUGUUCAAGUGUAUGGAUGUCAGGCUUGAUGCUGAAGUUCGAGCCAACAGUUUAUUCUGGUUUGAAUUUGAAUUGAAACAGUACACUAGUUCCGCAACACUGGGCCAAAAUCCCAAAGAGCCCACGGGUGAGCAGACUCACAACCCACCAACCGGACAGCGAAAAUACUACCCCCGAUACUGGCCCCGUUCGUCCCAUGACAAGCCUCUAGGACUGGGGACAAUACUGUCGAGUCCGGAGUAUUUCGACGAGGAUCAUAUCAAGAUACCCCCGCCACCUCCACCGGCCCAAAGAAUACGGACAGCGCCGCAAAUCCACGAACCCCACAAACUCAAGCGACCUGAAGCUCUACCUUCAGGUGACGAGGAGAAACUCAGUGAUGCGAGAGAACAUGUCAAAAACCAUCCUACUCUCAAGGUCAUUAAAUUAGAUGCCGUGCCCUCCCAACACCAUCUGCUCGAGCCUGACUAUAGCCGCCGCAACGCAUCACACGAAGUUGUUUCGCCAGAGGAAAGUUACAGUGACCGGGUCUCCGUGGAAAACAGCGACCGGCGCCGAUGCCCUGAGUCCUUCUAUUUUGAUGAACGCCCCGAAAACUCUGACCAUGUAGAAGAAUUUGUGGAAGAAGCCGAAAAAUACCAGACUACCACCGCCGGCUAUUCCACUGCACAAAUCCCCGUAUCCCAGGAGACGCUUUUGCCAAAAGUGAGAAGUGGCAUCGGUAGUGACAACGGUAGCCAAAAAAGCCGAUCAAACAGCACUUGUGGCAGUGCCACCAAGACUGAGAAAGAAAGCCAAAACAUAACCCUCACGAGGUUUGUUGAGGAAAGCUUCGCUGGCAAGUCCAUCAGCAUCCGCACGGGUGACCAAGGAACCAUGCAGUUUAAUAUCACUGACGACUUCACCCGGCGAGCCAAGGCACAAUCACCAUCAGUACCCAACGACCACCAGCCACCAGAUGCAGAUGCAGAUGUUUCACCAGAGCAUCCCAACCGCAGAGUGACUUCUGACCUCGAGCCCAGCCCUUGGCGCGCGACUAGGCCUCUGAUUGUACGGCAAGACAGCAAUGGAGUGCAAUGGAUCGCGUUCGAGUAUUUCAGGGACCGUGUAAAACUGGAAUAUACAAUCCGAUGCGACAUCGAAUCCGUCGAUGUGGAAAGCCUCAGCCAGAGCUUCAAAAUUGAGAACUGUGUCUACCCGCGUGCCUACUCUAUAACUGAACCAUAUAGGGGUAAUCGCCUAGCCUACGAGACCAGCUGCAAUGCUAUUGGCUGGGCACUUGCUAAGCUAAAUUCGGCUUUACAUGGAAAUCGCGGCCUCAUCCAGCGUGCUGUCGAUAGCUGGCGGAACAGCGAUCAGGACCCUAGGCUACGGAGCAGACGGUUAGCCAAUUAUCUAUACGCAUCCCUUUCCGCUCCAUCGCUGACAUCUGAUCCAACGCCAACUCAAGUUGAUGUUCCCGGAGAAGACCCGCGACCACAAAAUGCCAUCCUUCGGGACUAA